AUGAAGUUCAUCGUCGUCGUCAAUGCCCUCAUGGUGGCUCUCUGCAGCCACCUCGCCCUGGCCUCUACCAUCGGCCACCCCUCCCUGAUGCCCCGCGAGGAUGCCUUGAGCGACAACAAUAGCACAGUCGCGACUCCAUACGGCAACAUCGUGAGCUCCGUCCUCGACGACGGCAGGAAGAAGAUGGAGUUCUUCGAUGUUGACGGCACCCUCGAAGUGACCGCCAUCGAGACCCCGGAAGGAACUGCGACGUUCUAUGAUGUCGAGGGCAAGGAAGUCAACCUGGCGGACGUGGAUGACGACGACGAGGACCUGGAGAAGCGCGUGCCCAAGUGGAAGCUCGCGAUCAAGUUCGCCAAGCUGAUUGCCAAGUAUGGCAAGCGGGCCUGGUCCUACAUCUACUGCGUUGGCACUGCUCCGUUCUGGAAGUGUGGUGAUGAGACCAUAAACUCGCUCCAGUCCAACUGGAUCUGGGCCCCAAACUGGAUCGAUUCCUCUCCGGCCAACACAGCCGGUAAAAUCGUCCGAUUCACACGUCACAUAUCUCUCUCUUCGCCCGCUACAAAAGCGCUAGUCCAUUGCUCAGCGGAUACACGCUACAAGUUCUAUGUCAAUGGCGUGCGGGCGGCAGUUGGUCCCGCGCGCGGCAGCCCUCUGAUCUGGUACUAUGACACGGUAGACAUCGCACCGUAUCUGCGUGUGGGAGACAACGAGAUUGUCUUCGUUGUGGUGAGGUAUUUCAAUGCGUGCAGGGGUGCGAUGCCCUUUGAGCGGACCGCCUUUCCGGGGUUGACGGUUGUGGGGACGAUUGAGACGCAGACGGAGACGAUGGAUGUGCAGUCGAGGGAAGGGUGGUUGGUGCAGGUGGAUGAGAGUGUCCAGUUCCCGAUGGGACUUGUUGAUGAUAUGUUUCUGCAUAUUAAUGAGCGGAUUACUCCGACUGUGUUGGAAGAGCCGGUUACGCCGAUGGUGUACGGGAUACGGACGUUGAAUGGGGAUCUGUCGCCAUGGCGUCUACGGCCUCGUCAGAUCCCCCUGCCUGAGGAGACUUCUGUGGCUGUUGGACCUGUCCGAAAGUGCCAUAGUAGCAACCAUAUCGACGAGUGGACGGGGUUUCUGAACGCAAAGCAGACACUGACACUCCCGGCCAAUUCGUCGCAUGCGCUUGAAAUCCAGGCAGAGGUUCAUUCGACUGCGUUCCUGCGGUGGUCCUUCCGAGCUAUGCAGGUGUCUCGCAUAACCCUCAAGAUCACCUAUUCGGAAGGGUACGAGCAAGAGCCACGGUCCUACCCGUUCUUCCGCACAAAGGCUGAUCGACUAAACGCGGUGAAUAGGCGUCUCAUUGGGCCGUAUGACGAGGUGACCUUUGACUUACCGGCGGGAAAGACCGUCGUCUACGAGCCGUUCUGGUUUCGCACGUUUAGACUGAUCCGCCUUGAGAUCGCCAGUGGCCCUGCACCGGUUGAGCUCCUGUCAUUCGACGCUACCCAGGUCAAUUAUCCGAUGGCAGUCAAGGCUAACUGGCAGGAAGAUGGCGACAAGUACAGCGAGAGGAUCUGGGAGGUCUCGAUCCGCACAAUGCGCAACUGCAUGUUCGACGGGUACUCCGACUGUCCGUUCUACGAGCAACUCCAAUACUCAGGCGACAGCCGCUCCGUCGGUCUAUUCCACUACCUCCUCUCCGGCGACGACCGCCUCAUGCGCCAGGCCAUCACCAACUUCGCCGCCUCCGUCAGCCCAGAAGGCCUCACCCAGUCCCGAUUCCCGUCGCACGUCCCGCAGAUUAUCGCCGGGUUCUCCCUCUACUGGAUCCUCCAAGUCUGCGACCACCACCUCCACUUCGGCGACACAGCCUACGCCCGCUCCUUCCUCCCCCGUAUCGACGGCGUCCUUGAGUUCUUCCACGUCCACAUCGACGCCCUCGGCCUCGUCAGCAACCUCCCAGAAGUUGUCUGGCAAUACGUCGACUGGGUGACAACAUGGGGCGCAACAGAUACCCACCCAGACAAAGGCGUCCCCACGUCGGGCCGCCAGUCAAACAGACACACCUUCUUCAGCCUCCUAUACGCCUACGGCCUUCAACAAGCCGCGCAGCUUCUCCACACCGUGGGCCGACCAGGCCACGCAGAUGAGUACACCUCGCGCGCGUGGUCCGUCCUCGCCGCGGUCCGCAAGCACUGCUACGACGGGCGCUUCUUCACGGAUUCCACUGCGGAUAUUGCCGACGCGGGCGCCUACUCGCAGCACUGCCAAGUGUUCGCUGUGCUAUCCGGUGCGGUGGCGGAGGGUGACCGCGCGCGUCUGCUGACGGAGAGUUUUGCGGAUGCAGGGUUCGCGAAGUGCUCGUAUGUGAUGCAGUUUUAUGCGCUGCGGGCGUUCUCGCUGGCGGGGGAUGAGGCGUAUGAGGCGUAUUGGGGACGGGUGUGGGAUCCGUGGCGGCGGAUGCUGGAGUGUAAUUUGACGACGUGGGAGGAGGAUGAUGUGCGGCAGCGCUCGGAUUGUCAUGCUUGGGGGAGUGUGCCGAUCUACGAGUACUGUACGGAGUUGGCGGGGGUGAGGAUCGAUGCGCCUGGGGCGCGGAGGGUGUUGUUCAAGCCGCGGUUGAGGUUGAGUCGGGGCAUCUCGGCGAUGGUGGCGGUUGGGAGGGACAAUGUCGCGACGGUGAGGUGGGAGACGGUGGACAGUGAGAAGAUGGUGGAGCUGAGGUUUGAGAGAGCUGUCGAUGCGGUUUCUCAGAUGCCGGGGGAGAAGCCGGUUGAGCAUGGAGUGGUGCAGUCUCUUUGCUUUACUUGGAGAGACCAUUAG